GAUGCCGUCUGCAGUGUAGGAGUCAUGUUACUGUGUGCUGACGCCUUCUUGAGACUGACGGGAGCCAACGACACAACUUGCUCCUGACUUAUGAUGCCUAUUGCCCGUGCGUAGACGGAGCAGAGGGAGCAGCAGAAGCUGGAAGCACGGUUCAUAUGUUCCUUCAUGUGCAUUCUUCUCGGCGCCUUCAGCAAACUAACAGCUGCUGAGGAACUGAUUCAGGAGCGCAGUGUCUUUCUGUGGAAGGUAUCUAAAAUACACACCCUGAAGUGUCAUUAGAGCGGAUCGAAGAGUCGCCAGCAACACUAUUUCCCAGGAGCACCAGUGGACAGAGAUAUUCAGUCAAGGCUCAGACUUAACACGAAUCGAGUGAUGGAUGUGCUUUAAAGUUGUGACGGUGUUGACGGUGGCAGAGUGAGCACAGGGAUGUAAGUGGACCAGUAAAGAUGACCCUGUUGGCGGGCGAUGGCUCCGACUACGACUACAGUGCCCUGAGCUGUGCCUCGGAUUCCUCCCUCAACGGACCCCCCCUACAAGAGGAGGAGGCUCGGAAGGGGGCCUUCUACAAGAGGGCGCAGCGGGCCCCGGAGCUCAGCUCCAUCCAUGAGGACACCCUGUCCGGCGCCCGUAAACUCCACGCCAUCAUCAAUGUGGGCGGCCUGCGCUACCAGCUUCCCUGGACCACCUUAGAGGACUUCCCCCUGUCCCGUCUGGGCCAGCUGCACCUCUGCAGCAGCUUCGACGAGAUCAUGCGCAUCUGCGAUGACUACGACGUCGCGCACAAUGAGUUCUUCUUCGACCGCAGCCCCUGUGCCUUCCGCACCAUCCUGACCUUCCUGCGAGCGGGGAAGUUGCGCUCCCUCAGGGAGAUGUGCGCCCUCUCCUUCAGGGAGGAGCUGCUCUACUGGGGGGUCCCCGAGGAGAGCCUGGAGUGGUGCUGCCGCCGGCGGCUGCUGCAGCGCGUGGAGGAGUUUGAAGCGAUGGAGAGAGCGGAGGAGGAGGAGGACCUGUUGGAGGAUCUGUUGGAUUCAGACAGCGGACGCAAGGAGCACGCGGCCGAGUCCAGACUCAAUCGGUGCAUGGGCAAGCUCCGGGAUAUGGUAGAGAGGCCUCACUCGGGCCUGCCGGGGAAGAUCUUCGCUUGUUUGUCAGUACUGUUUGUCACCAUCACCGCCGUCAACCUGUCCAUCAGCACCAUGCCCGCCAUGAGGGAAGAGGAGGAGGCGGGCACAUGUUCCCAGAUGUGCUACAACAUCUUCAUAGUGGAGACGGUGUGCGUGGCCUGGUUCUCCCUGGAGUUCACGCUGCGCUUCAUUCAGGACCGCAGCAAGCUGGCCUUCCUCCGGCAGCCCCUGAACCUGAUCGACGUGGUGGCCAUCCUUCCGUACUACAUCACCCUGGUGGUGGACAGCACCUCCCACGGGGAGAAGCGCCUGGGCUCCGGCAACAGCUACCUGGACAAAGUGGGCUUGGUGCUGCGCGUCCUGAGAGCCCUGCGCAUCCUCUACGUGAUGCGGCUGGCUCGCCACUCUCUGGGCCUGCAGACUCUGGGCCUGACCGCCCGCCGCUGCACACGGGAGUUCGGACUGCUUCUCCUCUUCCUGUGCGUGGCCAUCGCCCUCUAUUCCCCCUUGCUGUACUUGAUUGAGAACGAAAUGGCCGCCACGCAAGAGUUCACCAGCAUCCCCGCCACCUACUGGUGGGCCGUGAUCACCAUGACGACUGUGGGCUACGGGGACAUGGUGCCGAGGAGCAUCCCAGGCCAGGUGGUGGCUCUAAGCAGCAUCCUGAGCGGGAUCCUCCUCAUGGCCUUCCCCGUCACCUCCAUCUUCCACACCUUCUCGCGGAGCUACGUGGAGCUGAAGCAGGAGCAGCAGCGGCUGCUGCAGAGGAGGACACACUUCCUGCUGCGCAGCCGCAUGGCCGGCCUGGGCAGCAGCCUGUCCUUAGAGAGUGACGUGCUCUUCCCUAUAGGGGCGUCUGACGUCAGAGGCAAGGACAAGUGAGACCGCUGGACAGGGAAGGUGUCGGUACCCGAUCGCGAUAUUACGAAUCCCACUAUGGCCACGCCAAGACCCGCCCUUCAAUAGCGUUCACACGCUACUAUUGGCCAG